CACCACCUCGUCUUGACUUUCAUGUACCUGUCAAUUGCGCAACUUGGCAUCAUGUCACGACAUCGCGCAAAGUCUCAGCAUCCCACCCUUACUAGCUGAACGUAGGCUAUCGCCCGCGCAGCCAAGGCGCAGAGUUUUGCGCGUCUUGCAGCAUGUCGAAGUAUCAGCGAAUCACAUGCAAAUCACCCUGACCUAAUCUAAUCAGAUUGCAUCUAAUCAGAUGAUCACCUGCCACAUCGAUGCAGCCGCCAUGUCCGACAACACUCCGAAGCCUCUUCACCCUCGCCAUGGCAUACGCAAUAGGCCAAAUGCGCCGCUGACAUGAUGACUACCGCAGUGGAACCGGUGGCCUAUUCGAAAUGCAGGUCGCACGCAGGAUGAGGGGACAUCCCUCAAUUUUCCGGCAAUUGCUUUGGGCUCGCAGAACAACCCUCUGGAAGUGAAGAUGGGUCUAUUGGACUUGCUUUCGUCGCCGACUAUCGAACGAUUGAAUGAAUUGUUCCGAUGGAGACUACUGCUACUUGCGGUGAUCCCGCUCGCCCUGACAUACUUGGUACUGAAGUUUACCAAAGCGAAGCCCCUCGAUCUCAAGCAGUAUUCGCACUUCCCACAGCCGGAGCCAGCAGACUCCAUUCGAGGGCAUUGGCCAUGGGUCGAGAAGAUUGCUGCAGAGGGCGAUCCACGACGCGCGUUCGACGAGAUGCUAUACGAACAAGCUGAGAAGCUUGGGUUCCCUCCGGUUCUGCUCGUCGACUUCCGCCCGGUUGAGAAGUUUCCUGUUCUCUUCAUCCUAGACAACGAUGUCGCGGAACAAGUCACCAAGCCUAAUAAAGCGUUCCGGACUAGUAUGCCCAAGCAUCCUUCUAUUCAACAAUUGGCUCCGCUGGUCGGCGCAAGGUCUUUGGUUACUACGGAUGGUGAAGAAUGGAACGCGCUGUACAAGCGAAUCCGUCCGGGAUUCCAACCCAGCCAUCUUCUUGGUUUGGUCGACGUCAUUCUGGACAAAUCCGAGACUUUCAUCGAGCUCAUGGAGCAGAAGGCCGCGACUAGCGAAACCUUUCGUCUCGACGCAUACACCACGAACCUUGUCUUUGACAUUAUCGGAAUAGUGACGUUCGACAUGGAUCUUAAUGCGCAAAUCGACGGGAAGCAAUCCGAGGUUCUCUUGACGUACCGCGCCCUCUCGCAAGCCUUCAACAAGCGCCCUUUCGGGGGAGUAGGAUGGCGCGGCUACUUCUCCGUGAAUGAGCGUGAGAUCCGCGCGAAAGACAAGCAUCUGGACCGCAUCCUCAAAGCCAAGAUCAAAGAGCAGCACAAGGCUUUGCUUUCGGGUGAUGUCGACACAAAGCCGAAGAACAAGAGCGUCGCAACCCUCAGCCUCCACGGCAUCGACCGACUGACACCCCAAAUUCUUCAACAAACCAGCGAUACACUACGUGGCUUCCUCUUCGCCGGCCAUGACACGACAUCCAUCCUUCUGCAAUGGGCCUUCUACGAGUUGCACACACAUCCGUCCGCUGCGCAAACUCUUGGGGAAGAGCUUGACAACGUCUUUGGUUCCGAUGCGCACCCUUCCGCCGUCGUGAAAGCGCUACGAGCCUCGGAUGCCGGCGUACUAUUGAGCCGUCUGUUUUACACCGAUGCGCUGAUCAAAGAGACUCUACGACUUCAUCCUCCUGGCACAACUGCGCGUAUUGCUCCAACCGCAUCGAACACCAUGCUCACUCUUCCCAACGGCGACACACUCCCCAUCGACGGCCUGUGCGUAACGCCACGCGCAUACACCAUCCAGCGCCACCCCAGGAUCUUCGGCGACAGCCGCAACGACUUCAAGCCUGAGAGAUGGCUCGGCGAGGAAGGCAAGCAGAUUCCCGAGAGCAGCUUCCGGCCUUAUGAGCGCGGCCCGCGGCGAUGCACGGGAUCUGAACUCGCGAACCUGGAGACGAAGAUCAUCAUCGCUUGCGUCGCAAGGCACUUCGACUUCGUCAAACAAGGGCUUGGGGAGCUGGAUUUGAACGAGAAGGGCGAGGUGCAGGUUGGUGGGAACGGCAAGGCGAAGACAAAGGGCACAAUGUUCUCGACGCAUCAGGUUACGGCGAAGCCUGUCGACGGUAUGGAGGUCAAGGUGCGAGUGAAGAAGCCGAGCUAUAAAACGAAUUGAAUGCGACGCGAAGUUAGAAAGACAGAAAGCAGCGAACAAAGUUAGAGAAAGUAGAAAUGACACGCAGAAUUAAUCUCGCUACAGUAUGAAUUCUAUUUCCCGCUGUAGUAUCUCUGUGAAGGUCGUUCUUAGAUAGUGGGCUAUAGCUUCAUGAGUUAAUCAUAGUAAGGUUAGAGUAGGCAUGUAUAUAAUAAAUAAUAUUUUUGCAUUAGGAUGCUC